AACACCUAUAGAAAAGAAUCAAUGGUAAAAUUAUUUCAUUUACAAAAUUGCCACCAUCUGGAAAAGAGCUUUAUUUUUAAUUAGAUUUCUUUAUCCUUUGAUUACUCAUAAAAUUUUAUUAGUUAUAGAUUUGCGAGCUUUGGAAAAAACAUUUUGAUAAACAUUUUUGUGAUUUAAAAUAAUCAUGUUGUGUAAAAUAACAACUUUAAGUUUGUUUUUAGCAUAUUUUUUCUAUGAUUCCAAACUAGCUAAAUGUUCUAAAAUACCAGCUCUAUCAUUACCUACUUACAUUGGUAAAGGCUGCCUUAGAGAUGAUCCCAGUCUAAACGAGUGCGUUGUGCGCAAAGGAUCUGCAGUUAUUAGCCGAAUAGUACAGGGAGACCCUAAAUAUAGAAUACCAAAGUUGGAUCCGUUAAUCAUACCAGAAAUGACAAUUCAACAGGGUACUAAGCAAGUAGGGCUUACCAUGAGGUGCAAAAACUGCGAGUUGCAUGGACUUAAAAAUACAAAAUUCGUUAAAGCAAAUGUCGAUGAAAAGAAGAAGCACGUCAUUUGGAACUUUGAACUUGACCGGUGUAUGUUUCUUGGACUUUACUCAGUUGAAGGACAAGUUCUUAUACUACCCAUCAAAGGAGAUGGUAAUGCCAACAUCACAGUCACUGGAGUAACAUUCUCGUACGAGUACGACUAUAAAUUAGAAAAAAAAGCAAACAACAGAGAUUAUACAGUUAUUACAAAGAGUGAUUUACGGUUCAAUGCUACUGGAAUGGUAUUAAAAUUAGAAAAUUUAUUUAAUGGAGACAAACUAUUAGGAGACAACAUGAACUUAUUUUUAAAUGAAAAUUGGAAAGAUUUAUUAAAAGAAUUUGGACCAACAAUUGGAAACGCUCUAGGUACAGUUAUGAAAAAUACUCUUGGAUCCGUUUCAGAAUUAGUUCCAUACGAUUUUAUAUUUCCUACAAGUUAAAUAAUAUUCAUAAAAAUUCCUCAAUUAGCACUAAUAGAACAAUUUUUAAUUAAUAGAUAAUACAGCUUAUUAAUUAAUGAAAACAACAAGUCUAUCGAAUGAUGCUUUAGCGUAAACUGUUUUGCUAUUUAUAUGUCUUGAGAUUUCCGUUUUUGUUUAAUAAUUAUUAAUAAGUUGUUCCUAAUAUUGGAUGUUAUUUUUUACACAUUCAAAUUCAAAAAAAAAAUCUUGAUAGAAAUAUGAAGUGUCCCGGUAUGUUUAGUUGUAAAUACGUUUAUUUUAUUGUGUAAUUAAUAAGGAUUUUUUUGUUUAACUAAAUUUUUUAAUGACAAAUCUAUUUAUAGUUUAUUUUUCAAAUUAAAUAAAAUAAAACGAAGUUAUUUGUUUUUUAAUACCAAUUCAGUAAAACGUACAAGUUAAACCAUUAUAUCUCAUUAAGAUUUCACUUUACUGCAUAGUUUAGAAAAACCAACCAUGAUGUUCCUCAUUAACUUAACAAUAUUUGAAGUUAGUUACAAUUCGGGUUUUUUAAAUUGUUAAAUCAAUGAUUGACCACACCAAGCAGGAACUUUUUUUCUUUAUAAUUGUUAAGCCUGCAAUAUUCAAAAAUCUAAAUUGCCUAAGUAUUGGGAUUCUGUUUUCUAUGUCAGAUCUCUUAUGAAAAUUCCCUAAUGUUAAAAUAUAAACACGUCUAAAGAAAUAUUAUGUUUUAAUAAAUUCCUAUUCAUAUUGUAUCUAUAGUUUUAUAAAUUUAUGUUUUACAAUAUUUAUAUAAAUAUAUUAACAAAUAAGUUUUUAGAAUUGAAUUUAUGUCUGGAAUUCUUAUUUUUAAGCAUUAGGCAUACUAAAAUAUUCAUAAUAAAAGGGAAUUCAAGAGCUAUUUACAUUGUAAUACUUAACAUGGUAAUAAUAAAGCAGAUAACUUUGCUCUCUAUAUAUUCACAAAUAGAUUUUGAUAGCUAUUAUAGGAAAAAUAAAUAAUAAAAUGUGAUUUUAUAAAUACUUAAACAAUAUUUAUUAAAUAAAAUUAUAAAAGAUGCUAAAUAUUAAAGAGAAAAUGAUUGCAACUAUUUGUAAAGAUUUUCUUUUGUCAACACCAAUAUGUGUUUCUGCUGUCUUUUAACUGUUAUGAUGAGUAUAUAUGAUGGUGGCCAAACACAAGACAAUAAAUUAUUCUUCAAUUUCACAUUCAGUUUAGAUCAACUAAAAAUAA